ACUUCUCCUCGACCCUCAGUCAAUGCCCGGUGGUGGGUACCCGGGUAGAUCCACGCCGGAUGGCGCGGUUCUCACUAGUGACUGGUUCUCACUAGUACAUCUACUGUAGGAGCUCUUCAAAACUCUUCGGAGUAUGAGUAGAGCCUCGUAGAGACAACCAACAGCAUCAGUUACGAGCAGAGCCAGAGAGCGAUUGGCCUACUGGCUCUCUUCGUCGGCUUCACCAGCGGAAUGGCGUCCGUACGCCACUGUCUGUUGGUCUUGGGCAUUCUGUUCGCCCUUGCGCUCUCACCUGUCAACUCCCAGCCUAAUAUUGUGGUGUUCCUCGUCGACGAUUUGGGCUGGAGUGAUGUAGGUUUCAACGGAGCAGAGUACACCACGCCGACCAUUGACGAAGUAGCCGAGGAAUCGCUAAUUCUGAAUCGCUACUAUGUUCCCAGCUCCGGCUCGUCCUCCAGGGCGGCUCUGCUUACCGGCCGCUAUCCGCAUCGUCUCGGUCUAGCGCACACUGACAUAUCGAACGGCUUCGACAUAGCCGUUCCGACCGAGUACGACACGCUGGCGGAUCAGCUGGGCGGUCUCGGAUACGCCACGCAUAUGGUGGGCAAGUGGGACCUGGGCAUGAGUCGCUGGGCAAACACACCCACGUUUCGUGGCUUCGACUCGUUCGUGGGAUUCUACGGGGCGUCCGAGGACCAUUUUAGUCACGCUAGCGUCGGGCAUGUGGGCCUCCUCGGAACAGAAGGUCUGACCCAAUACGCUGGGAUCGACUUGAGAAAUAACACCGAAGCUCUUACGGACAAGGCAGGCAAGUACGGCUCCGAGAUUUUCACCGACAGGGCCGUCGAAGUCAUCCAGGGGCACGACUAUGACCACAAGCCUCUGUUUCUCUACUUCGGAGCUCAAGUCGUGCACACGCCGUUGCAAGCACCCGAGUCGUACGUGUCGCAAUGCUCCGACAUCACCAACAAGAACCGCCAGAUGAUGUGCGCCAUGACCAAGGUUUGUGACGACAAUUUGAAGGACGUGGUGGACGCCCUGAAAGAUGCUGGCCAGUGGAACAACACUGUGCUGCUGUUCAUGACGGAUAACGGCGGUCAAACAUCAGCCGGCAGCAGUAACCAGCCAUUCCGCGCUGGAAAGAUGACCAUGUACGAAGGUGGUGUCCAUGGUCUGGCGUUCAUCUACGGCCCUGUCGUUGGUAUUCCGCAAGGCAACUCUACGGAUGUGCUAGUGCACGCUGUGGACUGGAUGCCAACACUGGUGAAUGGUGUUGGUAUGUACACACCACCUCCACCACCACUGCCAUUGCCAGGUUCUGGAGGCGGUAGUCAGGGAGGAGGCCCUGGUACAGGUGGUGGCGGCAGCGGUGGUGGUGGCGGCAGCGGUGGUGGUGCCGGCGGUGGUGCAGGAGGUGGUGGCGGCAGCGGUGGUGGUGCCGGAGGUGGUGGUGCCGGAGGUGGUGGUGCCGGAGGUGGUGGUGCAGGCGGCGGUGGUGCAGGCGGCGGUGGUGCAGGAGGCGGUGGUGCAGGAGGCGGUGGUGCAGGAGGCGGUGGUGCAGGAGGCGGUGGUGCAGGCGGCGGUGGUGCAGGCGGCGGUGGUGCAGGCGGCGGUGGUGCAGGCGGCGGUGGUGCAGGCGGCGGUGGUGCAGGCGGCGGUGGUGCAGGCGGCGGUGGUGCAGGCGGCGGUGCCGGAGGCGGCGGUGCCGGAGGCGGCGGUGCCGGAGGCGGCGGUGCCGGAGGCGGCGGUGCCGGAGGCGGUGGUGCCGGAGGCGGUGGUGCCGGAGGUGGCGGCGGUGACACCAGCAACGUUGUGGAACUUGGCGGCCAGGAUGCGUCCAUCCAUGACAGCAUUGGUAGCGAUGAUGGCCGUAUGCCGCCCGAUGGAUACAACAUCCUAUCCGUCCUGACCUGCGACGAUCCUCCAAUUCGACGAGAAGCCCUGUUGCAAUUUGACCCACCGUUUCGAAUGGACAACUGGUACCAGGCGAGCUGGCCGGGACAAGCAGCCAUAGUCUAUGGAUACUGGAAGUUGAUCCUUGGUAGUGCCCUCUGUACCUGCACUGAUGACCCAUUGCCGUCAAGUGAAUUGGAACGCUGCGACGAUGGCUGGUUUACCAGCAAUGGCACUCGCACCGAGCCGCCCAAGAAGAAGAGCUGGACGCAGCUGUACCACCUGGGCCGUGAUCCAGCCGAGAGGUACAACGUGGCACGCUUCUUCCCGCGCAUCGUCGACUGGCUGCGCUCCCGAAUAAGGUCGUACGACCACCCACUCAUCAGCCAGUUGCGGCCGGACUUCGAUUCGAUCGCCAACCCGGCAAACUAUGGACAGAUCUGGACACCUUGGUUGGGUCCGUAAACCAGUGCAUCCUCUUCUUAGGCUACACUCAUUCCAAUGCUGAUUCCUACAAGCUAGACUUGGCUGCUUCCUGUGGAGGACUUACAGCUAGAAGCUCUCUGCCCCCACUCUUGCUCCUGGCCGAUUCUUGUUCUUUCUGGAGAGACGUGAAGCUUUCCCUCAAGUUGCGUUUCAACCUAACUGUAGCCUCGAUUACACGCGUUUCCAGGUCCUUGCAAAAUCAUUCACGUACCCUUGCUGUUCAUUGCAGCGUCUUUCAUAUACAUGUAGCAUUAAUGCUCAGAGAGCUCCUCCUCUCCCCUUUGGCAGAUUGUGUUUUGCAGCAGCAGCAUUCCGUGUUCACAAAUAGUUCA